AUGGCAUCAAACACCACCGCUGCGCCUGGCGCUGGCCGAGAUUCCAACUGCUCAACCUCCCAGCCAGGCACCGCCACUCCAGAACCCGCCGUCACGCCCGCCCACGGAGCCCAGCAUCGUGUCAUUGCUGCUGCUGCUGCUGCUGAUCCGGCCCAUGCGCCCGCCGACGACGCUUCUCGCCCUUCACAUCUCCCCUUACCUGUCGCCGCCGCCGUCGACAACCCGGCCAUGCCGUCGCCCAUCACCACCACCCUCAUCGAACCCGUCUCGGACACCAGCCCGCUGCCAGCAAUCCGCGUCGACAACGCGACCGGCGCUGCUGCUGCUGCUACCGUCGCGCCUACGACGGAGCCGAAACCGCUGAGUCCUGCCAUAGGCCCGUCGUCAGACCUCCCCAACCCGUCCUCAAAGGAGUCUGACGCCGCCGCCGGCUCGUUGGUCAUCACGCUGCUCCUGACCACCGGCGCCAGACACCCCUUCAAGAUCGAUGGCAAGUACCUGCGCAAGCGCAGCGUCAAUGUGCCCGACCAUGACCCCUUUGCGAUGAGUGUAUAUACUCUGAAGGAGCUGAUAUGGAGGGAAUGGAGAUCAGAAUGGGAACCCCGACCAUCGUCACCAAGUUCAAUUCGCCUAAUAUCCUUUGGCAAGCUUCUCGACGACAAGGCCCCGCUAUCAGAUGCUAAAUUCAACCGUGAUGCCCCCAAUGUUGUGCACAUGACCGUGAAGCCGCAGGACGUCAUUGACGAAGAGGACGCCAAAGCAUCCAAAGGCCAAUACCCCCGUGGCGAAGAGAAUGAACGAAGCCCUGGAUGCCGCUGCAUCAUUUUGUAA